AUGGAGAUAAAUUCAGCCGUUAAUUUUAAAGCACGAUUACAACGUUUAAUAGCAUACCAAGAUAUUUUUGCACGCAAUAAUCUUUUAGCACAACGUAGUUGUGAUCAAGAAUUCAGUGCUUUUCUCAAAUUUCAUAAUGAUCUUCGUCGUAAACAUGCUGAUUUACGAUCAUAUACCGAACAAAUGGAUCGAUAUGUUGAACAAUAUCGAACAGAAUUAGCACGAAAGGAUAAAAAAAUACAAUCGCAAAGUUCACAAAUUCUUCGUUUAACUCAACAUAAUAAACGUAGUAAUGAACGCUUAAAUGAAUUACAACGAUGUCUAGAUCAAAUUAGAGGUACAAUAACUGGACAAAAUGCUUUUGAUCAAUUACGCGACAUACUUCGUGAUUCUGCCAUAUCUGAAAGUGAAACAACAACAGAUUUAUCGGAUAAGAAUUGUACUGGCGAAGAACUUGAUUUUGAUAAUUUAAAUAAUUUACCAAAAGUUGUUAGUCAAUCAACAGGUGUUGGUGGAAUCAAACGAGGUAUUAAUUCAAUUGAUCCUAUUGAUUUCAAACGUCCAAAACAUGAUGAAUCUCAUCCAAUUGGUCGUAUUGUUGCAACAACAACAACAACAGUUGAUAUGAAUGAUUUAAAUAAUGGACCUGUUGUAAUAACAUCAGAAAUUCAUCAUGAAGAACAACAACAUCGAGCAACUACAAAUGUUGCUGAUCAAUUAGGUGCUUCACCUUAUUCAAAUAUAACUGUUGGAAGAGCACAAGUUGAACAAUAUGCAUCUCCAAUGCGUGUACCAGCUCGUCAUUCAUUAUCAAGUCAACAAAGACCAAAACAAAAAGUACGAAAACCAUCAAAACAAUGGCUUGAAAAUAAAUCAGAGGAAUCUGAAUUAAGUACAGAUGAUAUUUUUUGGUCCAAACAUGAUGAAGAUCAACAACAACUUCAACAAGCUCUUUAUCCAUCAUUACCAAAAUUAACUAGUCCACCACCAGCACCACAACAUCAACAACAACAAAAAGCUUUAACACCAUCAACACCUAUACAACAAAUUGCAACACCAACUAGUCUAAUGAAAUCAAGUCCAUCAAGUAUUGGAACGUUACGUGCACGUGCACAUAAUUUUAUUUCAAGAAAUAUACUUAUACCUGAAACAUGUUGUGUGUGUCUUAAACGUAUUCAUUUUGGUAAAUUAGCUUAUCGUUGUCAAGCAUGUAGUGCUCUGUGUCAUACGGGCUGCAAAGAAAAUUGUGCAACACUUUGUUUACCUAAUAUUAAAACACCAAAUCGCGGUGCUGUAUCAAAAUUUACAACACGCGAAACAAAUCAGUUACAAGUACCUGCUUUACUUGUACAUUGUAUUAAAGAAAUUGAACAACGUGGAUUACAAGAAGUCGGAAUUUAUCGAUUGAAUGUCGUUGAAGGUCAAGUAAAAGAUCUUAAAGAACGUAUAUUAAAAUCACGUACAGGCUUAUUUGAUUUAUCACAUUACAAUGAUAUACAUUUAAUUUGUGGUGUAGUUAAAGAUUUUCUUCGUUCAUUAUCUGAAUCAUUACUUACAAAUGCUUUAUGGAAAACAUUUGCAAAUGUUAUUGAAGAAGAAUCAGAUUUUGUUAAACAACAAAAAUUUGAUGAACUUAUACAACAAUUACCAAAACCAAAUCGUGAUACAUUAGCAUUUAUGAUUCUUCAUUUACAACGUGUUGCUGUAUCACCACUUUGUCGAAUGCCAAUACUUAAUUUAAGUCGAACAAUGGGACCAGCAAUUAUUGGUUAUUCAUCAAAACAUGUAACUGGUAUUGACAUUGUUGGUGAAACAUAUAAACAAACAAAAAUACUUGAAUUCUUUCUUAAAAUGCCAAAUGAUUAUUGGUCUAAAUUUUUACUUGAAAAUGAUAAUAAUGAACCAUCUGCACCAGUUCAUAAACAUAAUAUUGGUACACCUAUUUUAACACGUCAUCAACAUUAUCAAAAUACACCUCCGACUACUUAUCCAGCACCAUCGAAUACAUUUUUUUCUCCACUUUAA